AUGUCGCGAAGUGAUGGUAAAUCCGAUUCGAAGAGCACUCGUAGAAAUGGUGUGAACAGUGAAGAUAAUGCUGCUGGUGGUGAUGGUGGUGGUAAUACGGAAGUGGUGAUAUUGGAGGAAACCGUGGAAGGACAUACCUGUAGAGCUUGUCAAGGUCCUGACACCGAAGAGAUGGUUCAGUGCGACGUAUGUGAUCGAUGGCACCACUUUUCCUGUGUAGGCGUAUCGGAGGAAGUUGCCGACAAGAGCUGGAGUUGUACUAACUGCGUGACUGCGAAAUGGGUCCAGCGAACUAAGGCAGCUUCGGACGGAGCACCAAUAAAGGAAGACGUCAUCCAGAAUCGGAGAUCGCUGCAAGACCUAAGCAUCGGAAAAAUCGUGACAAGCACCCGUGGCAAUCCAGUAAUUCCUUCAGCUACAACAUCACAAAAGUCAGCUAAGUCGCUGACAGUUCCGUUGACCAGCCAUCAUCCAGCACCUCUGGUUCCAGUACCCGAUCAGAAGCAGCAGACUUCGACACAUAGCAUAGAUAUACCAUUGAUUGGCUCUGGAAUUCGUUCAGAUCCAGCGUCGCAAAAAUAUUUGAAGUCAUUACCAGUUUCGUUGGCCAGUAAACACCAAACGUGUCCAGAUCUAGGGUUCAGCCAGCAGAAGCAGAAGUCGUCGUUACCAGCUGUAGUGUUGCCAGUGAUCGAUGCAGAGGAAGCGAUUUCUGAAAUGUCCAUCUCCUCGUCACAAAAGUCUGCAAGAAACCGUGCCAAGCUUCAACUAAUGAGAUUGCAGGAAGAACGGGCAUUUCAGCAGCAGCAAGAAGAGCGCAGAAGAAUCGCUGAGGAAAAGGCAGCCCAGGAGUAUAAGGAAUAUCUGGACAACAAAUAUAAGAUUCUGGAGGAUUUAGCGAGCGAACGAGGAUCGAGUCGGAGCUCUAACUUCUCUCGUCGUCGGGUUGAAGAAUGGGUGCAAGCAACUAACCCUACACCCUUAGACACAGCCAAAACCGCCGCUCAGGAGCAAGACGGCCUGCAAGAACAACAACAGCAGGAACAUCGGCGUCAAGAGUUUGUCGAGCAACAGCAGCAGGAACGGUUGCGGCAAGAACAGCUUCGAGAAAAACAACAGCAGCAGGAAGCGACACUGCAAGAACAACAUCAGCAACAACGGUUGCACGCAGAUCAGCUACGGAAGCAGCAGCAGAAGCAGUUGGAGAGAGAGCAGCAAUUUCGGCAGUAUCAACAGCAGCAGCGGCAAGAGCAAAUACGUCAGGAGAGUCUUCUGCGACAGCAACAGGAAGAUUUGAGGAAGGAAGCGGAUGCCAUCAAUCGGAUGUGGGAACAGCAGUUGGAACAGGAGAGAAUUCUACGCGACCAGCAACAACAGCUAGCGGAUGGUCAAGGGGUCAUGCGACGACCAGGAAAUCUAAUUCAAUGCAACCAGAUGCCAGAACCACAACUCAACCCUCCACCGGUGAAUCUCGAAGCAGAGUCAUGCAGAGAGUCGAUACGUGAGCAACCUGGACAAUUCCUUCCAGACGCUCUACCGCAGUCGACGCAACUUCAUCCGAGAGAAUCGUAUUAUCCGCAUAGACCUUCUAUGAAUACAGGCGACAGAAAUAGAGGGCCUUCAGUAAACUCGUCGAUUGUGGAUGAUGAUGACCAGUUUCAACUUUCCCGCUCUCAAGUUGCAGCACGACAAGCAGUAUCCAAAGAUCUGCCUACGUUUUCGGGCAAUCCAGAGGAGUGGCCAGUUUUCAUAUCCAUGUAUAAUCGAACGACCACGAUGUGCGGAUUUACGGAGGAUGAAAACAUAGUUCGACUGCAGAAAAGCCUAAAAGGCAGAGCUUACGAUGCUGUCAAGAGUCGCUUGAUGCAUUCCGGAAACGUUCCUGGCAUUCUGUCCACUUUGAAGAUGCUGUUUGGUCAACCAGAGGUGAUCAUACAAUCGCUAAUUGGGAAGGUGAGCUCUUUAUCGUCGAUUCGAGAAGACAAGCUGGAAACGCUAGUGGACUUUGCGGUGAAUGUCCAAAACUUCUGUGCCACUGUAGACGCGUGUGGACUGCAGGAGUAUAUGUACAAUGUCACUCUACUACACCAGCUAGUCGGCAAGCUACCGCCAUCGCUCAAACUCAACUGGGCACAGCUUCGUCGAACACUGUCACUGGUCAAUCUGGCGACCUUCAGUGAGUGGAUUUAUGCCUUGGCGGAAGCAGCGAGUGUCGUCGUAUUCCUACCGGCGACACAUGACGGGAAGCCAACUGAAAACGAAGCGCGGGGGACUAAGAAAAGAAAUGCGUACCUCAACGCCCAUUCUGAAACGUUUCGUCCUAAAGACUACAGUAGCGAUUCGGAAGAACAGACUACAGUUGCAUCAACUUCGGGGAAGGAAUCCUGCCAAAUCUGCAAGGGAACUUGCAAGUCGGCCGACAAGUGCAAACGUUUUCUGGAACUGUCCAGGGAAUCACGUUGGGCCGUCAUAAGGGAAUUUGGAUUCUGCCGCACAUGUCUGCGCAUCCAUAAAGGAUACUGCAAAGCAAAACCAUGUGGUAAAGAUGGAUGCACCUACCGGCACCACGAGCUGUUGCACAACAAUUCGAAGGAAAAUCCGAAAAACACCGGAAGUACCACUGAACGUGAGCAAUCUUCGCAAUCCAGCACUAGCAAGUCCGGAUGCAACACCCACCAGACAACCGUCAGCUCAGUACUGUUCCGUUAUCUCCCAGUAGUGUUGUAUGGAAAAAAAUACAGCUAUUCGCACCUUGAUGGCACUGUAAGCCCUUUGUGUCUCCGAUGGACUGGAGGAACCGAACGACACGAGGCGGAUUCUCACAUCUAUAAUCUUCACAUUGCUGGUGGCAAGAACGAAAGCAAGAAAUUCCUCUUGAGCAAUGUUAGGACGGUUAAAGAGCUACUGUUGCCGCAGCAAACGAUGGACAUGGCUAAGUUGUCACAGCUGUACCCACACCUUCGAAAUCUGCCGAUCGAUUCUUAUCGCGACGCUCGUCCACGCAUUCUAAUAGGGAUGAAGCACGCCCUGCUCAGUCUUGGCCUGAAAAAUCGAGAAGGGGAAAUCGGUCAACCAAUUGCUGUGAAGACACGGCUCGGAUGGACCGUGUGUGGAGGAUGGACUUCCCAGAACGAAGCGAGCCUACACCAUUACACCUUCCACGUUUGCCCCUGUAGUGUGAAGUCAGACGAGGAUUUACACCAAGCUAUGAAGGACUACUUCUCAAUAGACAGUCUCGGGUUGGUUAAAUCGGAGAAGGCGCUUUUGUCCGUUGAAGAUGAACGUGCAGUAUCACUGCUUCAGUCACUUACCCGUCGUAAAGAUGAUCGAUACGAGUCCGGGCUGCUCUGGCGGUUCGAUGACGCCCGCUUGCCUGACAGUCGAUCAAUGGCGCUGCGGCGAUUCCAGUGCCUGAAGAAACGGAUGGAGAAGGACCCACAACUGUCUAAUACCCUGCAAGCGAAAAUUGCCGAGUAUGUGGAGAAGCAGUACAUCCGGAAGCUCACCGACGAAGAAAUCAACCAGAAGGUUCCGCGACGCUGGUAUUUGCCAAUCUUUCCCGUAACCAACCCAAAUAAACCUGAGAAGGUGCGAAUUGUGUGGGACGCAGCGGCCAUCGCCUAUGGAACGUCCCUGAACUCAGCGCUGCUAAAAGGACCGGAUCUGUUGUGCUCUCUCCUCGCGAUUCUACUCCAGUUUCGGGAACGCCGUAUCGGACUGACCGGUGAUAUCCGUGAAAUGUUUCAACAGGUACUGAUCCGAGCCGAAGACCAGUUAUGUCAGUGUUUCUUCUGGAUAGACGAGCAUGGAGCUAUAGUGGUGUACGUUAUGCGAGUGAUGACAUUCGGGGCCUGCUGCUCCCCCAGCACUGCUCAGUUCGUGAAAAAUACCAAUGCGGAACGAUUCGCGAGCAAAUAUCCAGCUGCCUGCGAAGCUAUCACGAAGUCGCAUUACGUAGACGAUAUGCUCGUUAGUGUGGAUACCGAAGAGCAAGCCAUCCAAUUGGCGAAGGACGUUAAGCAUGUACACGAGCAGGGCGGCUUCGAAAUCCGAAAUUGGGUUAGUAACUCGAGAAAAGUACUUGAAUCGCUACAGGAGACAGACACCGACGAAAAAUGUCUCGACUUAUCUCCGGAGCUGGUCACCGAGAAGGUGUUAGGCAUGUGGUGGAACACGAGCUACGACGUCUUCACCUACAAAGUGGGAUGGAGCCGCUACGACCCUGCUCUGCUAGGAGGCCAACGACGUCCAACGAAGCGGGAAGUGCUGCGUGUCCUAAUGACCAUUUUUGAUCCACUUGGCUUGAUUUCCCACUUUCUAUCGUUCCUGAAUAUCCUGCUCCAGCAAAUCUGGCGGUCCGGUGUGCAGUGGGACGAAGAAAUCGACGACAAUGCAUACGAAAAAUGGAACACAUGGUUGCAAGUUCUACCUAGGGUUGAACAGAUUCAAAUCCCUCGAUGCUACAACUCCAAAUACCCCGCGGAGGAAGCUGAUGAUAUCCAACUCCAUACGAUGGUGGAUGCCAGUGAAAACGGCAUGGCCGCUGUUUGCUAUCUGCGUUUCGUCAAGACCGGAACGAUCAUCUGUUCCAUCGUCGCCGCAAAAACGAGAGUCGCCCCGCUUAAGUUCACGUCGAUCCCAAGAAUGGAACUAGCAGCUGCAGUCCUUGGCGCCCGGUUGGCUCACGCUGUCGAAAGAUCGCUGUCCAUCCACAUCUGCAGAAAGGUGUACUGGUCAGAUUCUCGAGACGUCCUAUGCUGGAUCAACUCGGACCAUCGCCGCUAUAGCCAAUAUGUUGCUCACAGGAUCAGUGAGAUUGUAGAGAUUUCGGAAACACAUGAAUGGCGGUGGGUCCCGAGCAAGCUGAACUGCGCCGAUGACGCUACCAAGUGGAGUAAGCUACCAGAUAUGUCAUCUAAUCAUAGAUGGUACAAAGGAGCAGACUUUCUCUGGCGCGCUGAAGAAGAUUGGCCUCCAUCGCCAACACUUAGUGGUUCUACAGAGAACGAACUUCGCCCUUCCUUCCUGGCUCAUCACGAACUAUUGGAACCCGUCAUAAGUGUCAGCAACUACUCAAGCUGGAAGAGGCUCGUCAAGGUUGCAGCACUCGUUCAUCGUUUUGCGAGUAAUUGUCGCCUGAAGCACGCCAGGAGACCGAUUCUCACGGGAACACUCACAGCAAACGACCUGCUUUCCGCCGAGUGUUUGCUGAUACGGCUCGCGCAACGGGAAACAUAUCCUGACGAAAUUGCUGUUCUUCAGAAGGCAUCGCGAUGCCCUGACUCCUGCACAAGUACUAUCCCGAAAACCAGCUCACUCUACCCGUUAACACCAUGGUUGGACGACCAUGGAAUCAUGCGUAUGCGAACUCGUAUCGCUGCUUGUCAAUAUGCUACUGAUGACGCGAAGCACCCAAUUAUUCUCCAUCGAAAUCACCACACCACCACCCUGAUCGUAGCAUACUACCACCUCAAAUACCACCAUCAGAACCACGAGACCGUUAUCAACGAAAUACGGCAGAAAUUUCGCAUCCCUCAUUUACGCACCUGUUACGAGCGAGUGAGGAAAACUUGCCAGUGGUGUAAGAACCAGCACGCAGCACCCAGCCCACAUUACAUGGCAGAUCUUCCGCCAGCCCGCCUCGCUGCUUUCUCGCGACCAUUUACACAUGUGGGAGUGGACUACUUUGGGCCGAUUGAAGUCGUCGUCGGAAGGAGAGUCGAGAAGCGGUGGGGAAUGUUAGCCACCUGCCUGACCGUGCGAGCAAUCCACAUAGAAGUCGUGCACUCGCUUUGCACAAGCUCCUGCAUCAUGGCGAUCCACAACUUCAUUGCACGGCGUGGUACUCCUCAGAAGAUUUACAGUGACCGUGGCACGAACUUCAUCGGUGCAAAUCGGGAAUUGAAGCAAGCCAACGAAGCAGUCCACCAACACGAACUGAUGAGAGAGUUCACGAGCUCCGGAAUUGAAUGGGUGUUCAACCCACCUCUGUCGCCACAUAUGGGUGGCAGUUGGGAGCGAUUGAUUCGCACCGUCAAGAACAACUUGAUGGUUGUAUGUUCGUCGAAGAGGCCGUCCGACGAAGUACUCCGCAACUUGUUGAUCGAAGUGGAGAACACCGUGAACUCGCGACCGCUAACGCACGUGCCGAUAGACGAGGAUUCGGCACCAGCACUGACACCGAACCACUUUCUGCUUGGCUCGUCCAACGGGUCAAAACCGCUUGUUAACUUUGAUGAUACCGGUGCGAUCCUAAGGCAGAACUGGUGCACAUCGCAGAUACUUGCAAACCAAUACUGGAAGCGUUGGGUAUCGGACUACCUGCCAGAGAUUACCCGCCGUACCAAGUGUUUUCGUCGGGUAAAGCCGAUUGCCGUGGGCGAUAUUGUGGUCAUCGCCGAUUCCAACAUGCCCCGCAACUGUUGGCCGAAGGGGAAAGUCAUCGGCAUUAAAGUCAGCCAGGACGACCAGGUUCGGUCCGCAACCGUAAGAACAGUGAGUGGUAUCUACGACCGCCCGGCGACGAAGCUUGCUGUUUUAGACGUCCGGUGCGACGGAGAGUAA